UUGGCACCUACAUAUAUGACACUUGUGGCACCUACUCAAUCAGCAGUUCCUGCAGUUCCUAAUAAUCGGUUCCUGCUGCCUGCUGAUGGUCAGCCGAAACCGCUUUGUUUUGAUGUCCCUAUUCCUCACAAACUAAAACUGCUACAGGAUUCUGCUUUAGGGUUCUCUAUGAAUGGAGAGUCUAUGGCAUCUAAAGCUGGAUUCCAACAAAUCACCAUUCAUUACAAAACAAACCAUCACCUGACAAUAAAUACAAACUCUAUUAAUUAUAAUGAUGGCCAGAAUAAUGUUCAGUAUCUGUGGGGCCAGAAACGUUUCCUACAUUAUUAUGAGGGUAUCAUAUUGAUUCUGCGGGACAAUGAAAUGGAUGUUACGAUUGGAAGUAUCCGUGUUGUUAUUGUACUUCAUAAGAAACGUGGGGAUGUGUUUCUGUGGCCUGCGGUUUGGCAACAACCAAAAGAUGUCACUUUGGCAGGUAUUUUAGGAAAAGACAAAAUUUCGUAUGAGGAGAUUCAAGGGUCAACUCUAAAGAUAAUGGACAAUGAUGUGAAAGCGUCAUGGGAUGAAAUGACAGACUACAGAUUUCCUUCAGCUCCAGUCGUCAGAUGUUGGCUUGUGCCGUUCCAGGCUGUGAUGAACGGAGAGAUUUCUGAUUUUACUGUUACUCACAUGUAGAGUUUACAGCAUGUGUAUGUGAUAUAAUACAGAGCAUACCUUAA